CUAGCGCCUGCCUAGAGUGCCUAAGCGCUAGCGCCAGUGAGACAGCGGUUUGUCGGUCGCCUGGCAGUUCUCACGACGGAUUGCAUCCGAACGAAAGGCAGUUUAAUCGAAGCAGCUCCAGCUGAUUGUACACGUGGUCCUCACAUUCCAAUAAUAAAAAACGUGUAAUGAAACGAGUACUAUAAGUGAGGUUAAGAAAUGACUGAAGACGUCGAAACUAACUUGGUAGUCACACAAAAAAUCGAUGUCAACCUGAAAAAUCAACAAAAUGGAACUGCCGAAGUAAAGGAAAAUGAAAAGUACACUCCGCCGUCGGACGGUGGCUCCAGAGCAUGGAUAGUGAUGUUAGGAUCGUUUUUCUGCAAUGGGAUAUUGUUCGGUGUGAUUAAUUCUUACGGUGUGAUUUACUCUGAACUCCACGACGAUCUCCAGAGAAGAAAUGUAACGAAUGCGGCUGGGAAAGCAGCUCUGGUGGGCUCCUUUGCCAUGGGUACUACUUUCUUCGUCUCUCCAGUAUCGGGGAUGCUCACCGAUUACAUAGGCUUAAGAAAAACCACUUUCCUAGGAGGCGCCAUUGCUUCUAGUGGAAUGUUCCUGUCUUCAUUUUUCGUGGACAACAUCGUCGCUCUCUGCAUAACUUACGGCAUCAUGUACGGUCUAGGAGGCUCUCUGGCGUACACGCCCUCCCUAGCCAUACUUGGCCACUACUUCAAGAGGUACCUGGGAAAAGUCAACGGUUUUGUGACCGCUGGCAGCUCUGUGUUCACCGUUGUUAUGCCUUAUGCCAUCGAUGCUCUUCUGAAAGCUUUUGGGGUAGUUUGGACCCUGCGAACCCUAGCCCUCGUCUCAAGCCUAAUCAUGGUAUGCGCCUUCUUAUUCAAACCAACAAACAAAAAUGUGACGAGUAAAAAGAUAUCAGUAAAGGACGUAUUCAACACAUCCUUAACCAAGAACAGAAGGUAUGUCUUCUGGGCCAUGGGCAUUGCCUGUUCCUUAUUCGGAUACUUCGUGCCAUAUGUGUAUAUGUUGAAAUUUGUGUCGGCAAACUUCGACAAAGGUUCAGAUACCAAGUUGCCCAUCCUGUGCAUAGGUGUAACAUCAGGUUUAGGGAGACUGAUUUUUGGUUACAUAGCUGACUUACCAAAAGUGAACAGGAUCUACUUGCAGCAGCUCAGCUUUUUCAGUAUAGGACUGCUGACGAUUCUUCUUCCGUUCUCUGCAGGAAAAUAUGGAUGGUUGAUAGUCAUCGUUUUGGGUAUGGGACUAUUUGACGGAUGUUUCAUAUCACUUUUAGGUCCCAUAGCUUUCGACAUUUGCGGUCGGGAAGGAGCAACUCAGGCAAUAGGCUUUCUUCUAGGUAUUUGCGCCAUACCCCUCACAAUUGGCCCGUACAUAGCGGGGGUAAUAUUGGACAAUACCUCUAGCUACACGCUGCCCUUGAUUUUAGCAGGCAUCCCUCCAAUUCUUGGGUCGUUAGGAAUGUUUGCACUCAAAUUUACAAAAGGACCUACAAAAAGAAGGGAAGAAGGAGAGGCGCCCCUUAGAGGGGCGAAUAACGAGACAGAACUCGUUGGGAAACAAGAAGAAGAUGGCUUGUAAUUCAAUAAUUCUUGACAAAUUUGACAACGUUUUAGUAGUAGCACGUUUGCUUUUACUUAUUUUGCUAGCUGUAGAUGUACAUUUUUUUAUUUUCACAAGGGCAUUUACAAAUUUUUAUAUAUAUUUUUUGAUAGCGUUGAAUUGUUUUCCUGAUUUUUCAUACACUUGACAUUUUGUACUGAUUUUUAUCGACGAUCAUUAACAUCAGAAACUCAUUACUACAGGGGGUAUCUCUACGCUGUAUAAGCAUGAAUCAUCGUGACUGGUUUUUGAAAUACUGUUGACUGUAACUAGACACAUAAUGUUUGUAUAAGUUUAUAUUCAUAAUGAAUUAUUGAUAUAUACCUAUGUCAAAAAUAUAUUACUUCAGAAAAUUUACAACGAUACUGAUAGUGUCAGUAAUGAAACAAAAUAUUUUUCUACAAUCACAUAACAAAAGAGGCUUUCCUGCUUUUAUCUCGAAGUUGACUUUUACUUUAUAUGUUCUAGAAAAAAAAAAUCGCGGUUUGUAGUUAUUGCUUACAAUCCAACAUUCCAGUCGAAUGUGUUCACCGUAAUCAUUAUUGAUAAGUCUAUAUUUUGUUGUUGAUUGUAGAAAAACGUUAAAUCUGUGAUUCGAGCAAAAGUAUCACUACCUCUCAGAUUGAAAUAAUCCUUCUGAAGCGAACAAAAUGUUAUUUUGCGCUCUUACUACACAAAUAACAGUUGUAACAAUUUUUUUUUGAGUAAAUUGUAACAGCUUAACUUUCCAAAAAAUUCUGGAUGGUUGAAUAUUUUCUCUGGAACGAUAUUUUUGAAGAUCAUUCGUUUGAGUAACUUUCAAAUAGGAAUCUAGUGAUAAUCUUGAUUUUGACCAUGACUAAAUGACUUUAAAUUAACCUUAUUUACUAUUGUUUGUCAUCUUUGACAAAUAAAGCGAAAAAAUUUAUAAUCACAUAGCCUUUUUGUAAAAUAUCUUGUCAGAAGAUAUAUUGAAUCAUCCUGAAUACUUUGGGCAAUCUAAAUAUUACUUGUAUGUAAAGCUUCAACUGUCUGGAUCUAUGUGUGUCAAUUUUUCAAAACGUAUACUUGAUCUCCUGUUUAUUUGAAAUAACAUAAUGUACCAAUCCAAUCAGAGACCAAAAAUAUCCUAGUCGUUUUAUUUGAAAUCAAUAUUUUUUCUCAUGUCAAUAAUACAGAAUAUUCAAUAAAUGGGUUGACUCACAAAAGAUACUCUCCGUAUCUACAUGUACAUACAAGGUCAUUUCGAAGUUUCAUGGGAAAUAGAUUAUAUUUCUACGAAACAAUAUUAGUAAAUUAAUAUGGUGGAACUCAAUAGAAAAUAUUUCUUGCAAAAAUGAUGUUAACAAUUAUUAUCUUCUGGAAAUUUUCUUCAAGUGAUCUUGUAUAUCUUCAUUUGUGGAAAUAAUGUUAUCAUAUUUCAUGUUAAUUGUUUGGAUUUGAAAUCUAUUUCAAUAAAGUUAUCAAUCGUUAUCUA